CUCUCUCCCAUUUUUCCUGACCCACACACAUCAUGGGCUGGUAACAAACAUAAGGACAACCUAGGGCUUGAUUUGCUCUUUACACUGCCUAGCCUUUUUUCCCCUUCCUGCUGGUACUUUGUCACCAGCUGAAAGUGUAUAGUUUUUUUCCUAUGCCACUUUGAGCAACAGGUGCCCUUUUUGCUUCCUUCAAGGGGGCCCUGGCACAAGCAUAAGUUUUACUGGGACUCUAACAGGAAAGGCACAGAAAGUCACUGUGGUGCUUUUGAUUGGAAAACUAUUCCGGACCGGGGAAUUGACUCUUGAGAUUGUGCUUUCAGCCUGUUAGUGCAUGAGAGAGAUGGAAGCACGGUCCUCCACCACCAUGACUACACUAGUCGAUAUCAAGAAUGAUGUGAGUCUACAUCCAACAUGUUCGUCCAAACGCACCUUAACUGAUGACCUGUACACCACAUUCAGCUCUCCUGUGGCCUGGAUCCUCGUGCUGGCUCUCGUUGUAACCUGGUCAACCGUGGCUGUCAUAAUGUUUGGCCUGCUCGACAGCAAGGGUCUUGAAGGACCCCAGCCACACCAUGUCAGGAAAACAUUAAAGGAAGCAGCUAGCCUUAGAGGAGGUAUUCAGCACAUCAGCCCUGAUCCCAUGAAGACAGUGAGUGAAGCCAUGGAAGACUCUACUGAUUGGAUAACAUCAACCUUGACUUUUAUGACUAAUUUGCUAGCCCCAGAAGAGGAGGAGGAGGAGGAGGAAGGUGAGCGUCAUUUUGUGAGGAAAAAAGGAGAAUUCUUGCCACCCGAGGAAAAAGUUGCAGAGAUAUGGGCCAAGGAGAUGUUAGAAGACGAAGGGGAUUAUGAGGAGGAAGAGGAAGAUGAGGUGCUUGCUCUUGAAGAGGAGGAGGAAGAAGAAGAAGAAUAUGGGGAUGAAGAGGAAGAAGAGGUAGAAGAAAGUGAUGAGGAGAUCGUAGAGGAGGAAGAAGAGGAGGAGGAAUUAGCAAAGGAAGCAGUGGUGGAGGAAAAGAGAAAAGAGGAGGCUGAAAAAAAGGAGAAUGAGGAAGCUGAUGCUCAUAAUGAGGAAGAAAAAGAAGAUGAAGAGGAGGAAGCAGCAGCAGAAGUUGUGCAGAAGGAGGAGGACAAAGAAAAGGAGGAAGAGGAGGCUGAUGCAGAUGAAGAAAAUGAAGAUGAAAAGAAGGGAGUAGCAGCAGAAGCUGUGCAGAAGGAGGAGGAAACAGAACAAGAAGAAGAGGAAGCUGAUGCUGAGCAGGAAGAAGAACAUGAAGAGGAAGCUGCUGCUCCUGCUGUCAAGAAGAAAGAUACUUCGAUCUCUGCUGAUUCUGAUGAGGAGAAAGAAGAAACUUCAGAACAAGUCACUUCUAAAGAAACCGAGAAAAGAAAAAAAGAUACUCCUGCUGAUGAUAAAGAUGAUGACCAAAAAGAUGACCAAAGCGAGGAAAAAGAUGUUGACGAUGAGGCCCAAGAGGCUGAUAUCGCCAUAGCUGUUGGUAUUAUAGCUGAUGCUGGUGCUACAGUCGCUGAUGUUGAAGUGCAAGAAACUGACAUAACAACCCUGAAAGAAGAGGAGAAAGAUGAAAAGGAUGAAAGCGCAGAGGAGGCGGAAAUCGCUGAAAAAGCACCAGAACCAGAACCGGUCCCUAAAGCGGCAGCCAAGGAAGCGAAAGAAAAAGAAGCAGAGGAGCCUGUGGCAGAGGCUGAAAAAGAAGGUCAGUACAUAAUUAAAGUGCUGCUGUUGUCUCCAAAUAGAGAAACUUUUUUAUUUUAUUUUAUUUUAUUUAAAAAGAAGGUCAGAGCAAAAUUACAGUUUAAGUGCUACUACUGUCUCUAA